GUAACAAAGCAUAUGGCCAUAUAUGCAUAUCUGUCUUUAUGACACACAAUGAUUCAAAUGAACCACUUUGGAUAUCGACAAUUACAAACCAGUUCGAUUUGAUUGGUCUUCACACUUUCAUCCAUGGCUGCCAAGAAUCUCAAUGCUUUUCGUAUUCUCACCUUACUCUGCUUCGUUCUUUUACGUUUUGCAAACUCACUGAACUAUCCCGCCGUUUUCAACUUUGGUGAUUCGAACUCCGACACCGGCGAGCUGACCGCCGGCAUCGGUUUCCGGCUUCCUCAUCCUUAUGGACAGCUUUACUUCAAUGCUUCGUGGUCAUCGGGUGGGAGGUUUUCCGAUGGCCGUCUCAUCAUAGAUUUUCUCAUGGGUGCAAUGAACCUUCCAUUUCUAAAUCCCUAUUUGGAUUCAGUUGGCAUGCCAAGUUUCCGAAAUGGGUGCAAUUUUGCUGCUGGAGGGGCUACUACACAUCCAGCAACUGCAUCAUCUGUCUGCCCUUUUUCAUUUGAGGUUCAGGUCUCUCAGUUUUCGCGAUUCAAAUCCCAGGCUCUUCAAUUGCUAGCUGCUAAAGGUAAAAAACUUGAAAAUUAUCUACCCUCGGAAGAUUCCUUUCAGAAGGGGCUUUACGUGUUUGAUAUAGGCCAAAAUGAUCUUGCUGGUGCAUUUUAUUCUAAAACACUGGAUCAGAUUCUUGCUUCUAUUCCAACAAUUUUGGCACAGUUUGAAUCAGGAAUAAAGAGAUUAUAUGAUCAAGGUGCUAGGAACUUUUGGAUACACAACACAGGUCCACUGGGGUGCUUGACUCAGAAUGUGGCCACAUUUGGAACCAACCCAUCAAAGCUUGAUGAGCAUGGAUGUGUUAGCGCACACAACCAAGCAGCUAAAAUCUUCAACCUGCAGCUUCAUGGUCUCAGUAAAAAGUUGCAAGGCCAAUACUCUGAUGCACACGUCUCAUAUGUUGAUAUCUUCUCUAUAAAAUAUGACCUUAUUGCAAAUUAUUCUCGAUACGGGUUUCAGCAACCUAUUAUGGCUUGCUGUGGGUAUGGAGGUCCACCUUUGAACUAUGACAGUCGGGUUUCUUGUGGAUCAACAAGGGUCUUGAAUGGCACGUCUGUCACAGCCAAAGGGUGUAGCAAUAGUGCUGUGUACGUUAAUUGGGAUGGAAUUCAUUACACAGAAGCUGCAAAUCAGUUUGUCUCAUCAAAGAUACUCACCGGAAAGUAUUCUGAUCCUCCUUUGUCAAACAACAUUUCUUUCCUCUCAAGUUCUAAAACCCCAAUGUGGUGA